UUUUGAAAGGUCUGACAGGAAGUCGUCUUCAUCUUUCAUCCCUCCUGCCCGUCGUCGCAGCAGAUCAGGAGACUUCGGCUCCGCUCGGAGAAACAGCACCGCACUGUAUGGUGGAGAACCGUUUCAUAUUUUUACCUUUUUCUGGGAACCGGCUGUAUGAUUAAGCUACAAUCUUCAAUGAGUAAGCAUAUCCCACAGUUCUGUGGUGUUCUGGGUCACACAUUUAUGGAGUUUCUGAAGGGCAGUGGGGACUACUGCCAGGCUCAGCACGCUGCCUAUGCAGACGAGUGAACAGCCGAACUCGCCAUCGACCCGACGCACUUGAGCCACAGGAGGGACCCCGGAAAAGUUGGCAGGACCGGGACGCCUCCCAGAACCAGCGACAACUCGGCCUGGAUGGGGUAACUCCACCCGCUGCACUCUGCCCUCGUCGGCUUCCGCCUGGCCCGAAUCAAGGUGGAACCAGCCUGGUUUUCUUCUUCCUUUUUUCUUUUCUUUUAUUCCAAAGGAAAAGGGGUUUUGAGUUGUUUUCCGAUUGUCCGCCCUUUUUUUUUCGGCCGCCAACACCCUAAAUUUUCACGUUUGCCUGACGCAGCCUUGUUUUUUUUUUGUUUGUUUUUUUCGCCGACCUCGAAGAAGAACGGAGGAUUUCCACUUCUAGGAUCUCGAUCGGACGUUUUUGUUUGACAUUCCCUCCGAGUUUAACUGUUUACAUUAGUGUUUUUCUCCUCAAAAGACUUUUUUGGUUUUGUUUUAUAUAUAUAUAUAUAUAUAUAUAUAAACAUUUUUUACGUUGUCACAAUGGCUCGUAUGAACAGACCGGCCCCCGUGGAGAUCACCUACAAAAACAUGAGGUUCCUCAUUACCCACAAUCCCACCAACGCCACCCUGAACAAGUUCAUUGAGGAGCUGAAGAAGUAUGGAGUUACCACCGUGGUGAGAGUGUGUGAGGCCACCUACGACGCCACCCUGGUGGUCAAAGAGGGGAUCCAAGUUCUGGAUUGGCCGUUUGACGAUGGAGCUCCUCCCUCCAACCAGAUCGUGGAUGAUUGGCUGAACCUGCUGAAGCUGAAGUUCAGGGAGGAGCCCGGCUGCUGCAUCGCUGUCCACUGUGUGGCGGGGCUGGGGAGAGCUCCUGUUCUGGUCGCGCUUGCUUUGAUUGAAUGCGGGAUGAAAUAUGAAGAUGCUGUCCAGUUCAUUCGACAGAAGCGUCGAGGAGCGUUCAACAGCAAACAGCUGUUCUACCUGGAGAAAUAUCGUCCUAAGAUGCGCCUGCGCUUCAAAGAUUCCAACGGCCAUCGCAAUAACUGCUGCAUCCAGUAGAGCCGAGCCCUGAGCCCCCCCCCCCUCCUCCACUCCAACCUCGCUAGCUUACAACCUGGCAGGCUUGUGUUCUCAGUCGUUGUGUUGACGUUCUUUACUUUGAGAAAACCAUGCUCUGUUAUUCAACUCCCCC